UCCCAUUGAUCCCAUUGAUCCCAUUAAUCCCAUCCCAUUAAUCCCAUCCCAUCGAUGCCAUUAACCCCAUCCCUCCCUGUGGGAUGUAGGUCCAGGGGGGUCCCAUGCCCCCCCAAACCCCCCUCCAGGCUGUCCUGUGUCCUCUGGGGCACUUCAGGACACGGGGUUGGUGCUCCAGGUUCUGUUUGGGGGGGCCAAACUCUGCUCCUGGCCUUGGCAGGGGAUUGCAAUCUCAGAAAUAAAAAAUCCUGGGAAGUCUCUGAGCUGCUCCCACUGCUCCCAGUGCCAGGGGUUCACAUUCCCAACAGGCAGCAGAGCCAGGGACACCCCAACACUGCCAGAAACACUGGAGGUGUGAUUUAGGAUCGGGAUUUUGCCCCCAAAAGUGGGGAGGAAAUCAGGGAUUAAGGAAUUCCACCUAGGCCACAUGGCCCAGGGCUGGGUUCCUGCAUUUUAUUUGGGAAAAACACGGCAAAACCAGGGAAAAUUGCACCUUUUUAAUGGUGUACAAAGGAUUUUUGGUACAUGGGCAUCACUGGCAGGAAACCUUUGGCCAGCUGGUUUGGAGUUUUCCCUGUUUUCCAGCAGUUUUGGGGCCCCUCUGCAGGGCAUUUCCUCUCUGAUGGAGUUAUAUACUACUAUUAUUAUUAUUAUUAUUAUUAUUAUUAUUAUUAUUAUCCCCUGGAUUUUGGGGGGUCAUGGUUCUGGCACCCCAUGGCCACACACCUGGCUGAACAAUUCUGCUUAAUUAUUUCCCCCCACCCCUAAACUCCCCUUUUUUCUGGGCUUUUCCCUGGGUUUGGAAGAUUAUGGACAGUAAAUGAGUUUUCCCAAAUUUUCCUUUGAAAUUUGGCUGCCCCCAGUCUGGGGCUUUCCAGAUGUGGAUCCUGUUGGAGGUGGAUGGAUUUGGGGUAUUUUGGGGGCAACAUCUCAUCCCCUGCCCCAGCUUGUCCAUCUGUAAAUGCCAUAAAACCUUAAAAGACAUCAAAUUUAGAGGGAAGGAAGAAUUUUGGGAGAAUUAUUCCCUCCAGGAAUGAAUCCAGGAUAACAGCAGUGAGGAGUUUGUGAGUCCAAAGUCUCCCCUGCUCAGGUUUAACUCAUCCUUGGGGUUUCUCACCUGGGCAAACUCCGUUUUCCACCUUAUUUUGGAUCCAUCUCUGCCUCAUCAACUCUUAAUUAAUGUGGAAAUUAAAUCCACAUGGAGACUGGGAGCAUCCAAAAUAUCCUUCUCUCACCUUUUUUCCCCCUCUUUCUUUAUUUUUUAAUAUUUUUAUUAUUAUUUUAUGCAUUUUCUUGCCUUCCCUCCAUCUGUUGCUCGGUGGCUGCUCCUCCCUGCCUGCCCUCGCCACCAUCUGGAUAAAUCAUUUGUCGCAUUAAAUGCCAAAAAAUACCCCCAAAAGUGUGAAAAACGGGAUCUGUGACAGGGAAAGGAUCCCGCUCCCAGAUCCAGAGCUGGAUGCCCACCUGCAUCCAGCCUGGAAUUACAAUUAAUUUUGUCUCAUUAAUUAGUCUCUCUCUCCCUUCCUUCCCUCCUGGGUUAUGUGUGUCUCCUCCCACCCGCAGCAAGGAGAGAAAUCCAAGGAUUUUGGGGAUCUUGUGCCCUGCUCAGCCUUUUGCUGCUCCAUAAAUCCAGUUUGGUUUGGACUGGGAUGGAUUACAGAAAGGUUCUGUGUUCCUUGUGUCCCCAGAGUCCCAGAAAACCCCACACAUCCCUGAACUUCCCUAUUUCUCCUGACUGAGUUGCCUUUUCCCAAAAUCCCUCCAUCCUUUGGGAGCAGCAGUGGAGGAAGGGGGGGUCCUGGGGCUCCUUGUGUUUUUGGGGAGCGUUGGAGCAGCCAAAGCUCAGCACCAGAACAGCUCCGGGUUUUGUGUCCCUCCAGGCCAAACCCAAGGACCCCAAAACUCGGAGGAGCCCAAGGAGCCAGAGCCCAGACACCCCAAAACCUGCAGAGCCAGAGCCUGGACACCCUGAGACCCCGAGAGCCAGAGCACAGAAUUCCAGAGAGCUGCAGCCAGGACACCAGAGACCCUGGAACCUGGGAGCCCCGAAAUCCAGAGACCCCAGAAUCCGGGGGCAGGACACACAUCCAGCCCUGUGUCCAGCCAGGAGGGUCCCUCACCCCAGAGCAAACAGUGGCAUGUGGCAGGUGUGACCGUGCCCAGCUCACCAUGGAGCCGUGCCCGGCGCAGCCCCAGGAGGCUCUGCUGACGGUCAAUGAGCAGGUUAUUGUCAUGUCCGGCCAUGAGACCAUCCGGGUGCUGGAGGUGGGGGUGGAUGGGGACCCCAAAACGGCCGGGGAGGGAGCGGAGGGGUCCCCGGCACAGGGGGGCCCCCCAGGUGUGGAGGACGCUCCCUCCAGCACCCCGAACUCGUCCGGCGGGGAGGCGGCAGGUAAAGCCAAAGCAGCGUCUCCCGCCCCCGUCCCCCCGAGCCAGCCCGGCGUGACCCACCUGGCCGUGCAGGCCACCCCACAGGUGUUGGCUCAGGAAAGCUUAGCCACAGGUGUGACAGGAGUAAUGGUUCCGGCAGGGACAGUUACUCAACCUCUUCUUAUCCCCAUCAGUAUUGCAGGUCAGGUGACAGGCCAGCAGGCGCUGGCCCUGGUGACAAUUCCCACAGCAACGCUCGCCGCGCUCCCGGGACUGACGCCGGCGGCACCCGCGGGGGCGAUUUUCAAAGCGCCCGUAGCCAAUCUCACAGGUAACCGCAGGCCCCCGAUGUCCGUCCAGCCCCAGAUCACCGGACUGGCCUUUAACCCCGGCAUUCUCACGGCGGCUCUGGGGGCACAGCCACAGAUCCUGGGGUCCCUCAGUGCCCCCCCCGUGAUCGCCAACCCCCUCCCCAGCGUGCAGGGGAUCCCGGGGCAGCUCCUGACCAACACCCAGGGCCAGGUGAUCGGGACCCUGCCGUGGGUCGUGGCCCCCCCCGGGGUGGCCGCAGCAGCCCCGGCGCCGGCCCCCCCCAGCCUGCAGGUGACACCGGUGACACCGCAGCUGCUGCUCAACGCGCAGGGCCAGGUCAUCGCCACGCUGGCCACGGGGGCCACGCUGGCCACGGGGGCCACUCUGACCACGGGGGCCACUCUGGCCACGGGGGCCACGCUGGCCACCGCCCCCCCUGCACCGGCCCCCGGCAAGAAGAACGGGCCAGCCGAGUCACCCCCAGAUCCCCCCCAGGUCCAGCCCAUCCAGCCGGCCCCGGCCGGGGUGGGGAUGAGCCCCACGCCCGUGGGCAAGGUGUCACCGUCCCCAGUGCCCAUCACGUGCUCCGAGACCCCCACCGUGAGCCAGCUGGUGUCCA